GAAAAACAGUACAGGUUAUUCAUUUCUGGCUGCAGUUUUGCGUAAAAAGGGAACUCGUGAAGAUAUUGAAAAUAACAUGCCAGAGUUUUACUAAGAAGUAUGAAAAAGGAACCCCUUUCUGUGUGCAGCAAAAAAGAUGUUCUUAAUAGUUGCUCCUCUUUCCGUCCUUUACAACUGGAAGGAUGAAUUGGACACUUGGGGAUAUUUCAGAGUCACCAUUUUACAUGGUAACAAAAAAGACAGUGAAUUGAUUCGUGUAAAGCAGAGGAAAUGUGAAAUUGCUUUAACAACUUACGAAACACUGCGUUUAUGCCUGGAUGAACUUAACAGUUUGGAAUGGUCAGCUGUCAUUGUGGAUGAAGCUCAUAGAAUCAAGAAUCCAAAGGCUAGAAUAACAGAAGUUAUGAAAGCUUUAAAAUGUAAUGUCCGCAUUGGCCUCACUGGAACCAUUCUUCAAAACAACAUGAAGGAACUGUGGUGUGUUAUGGACUGGGCUGUGCCAGGACUGUUAGGUAGCGGGAUCUACUUCAAGACGCAAUUUUCUGAUCCAGUAGAACAUGGUCAGAGACACACAGCGACGAAAAGAGAACUAGCUACCGGCCGAAAGGCCAUGCGAAGACUUGCAAAAAAGAUGACGGGUUGGUUUCUGAGGCGCACUAAAACUCUUAUCAAGAAUCAGUUGCCUAAGAAGGAAGACCGGAUGGUGUAUUGUUCCCUGACAGAUUUUCAGAAAGCUGUCUAUCAAACAGUGUUAGAAACAGAAGAUGUAACUUUGAUACUUCAGUCUUCUGAGCCUUGUACCUGCAGCAGUGGCCGAAAAAGAAGAAAUUGUUGUUAUAAGACCAAUUCACACGGUGAGACAGUGAAAAACUUGUAUUUCAGUUACCUUGCAGUCCUUCAGAAGGUGGCUAACCACGUUGCUCUGCUUCAGGCUGCCAGCGCCUCCAAACAACAGGAAACACUUAUCAAAAAGAUAUGUGAUCAGGUUUUCUCCAGAUUCCCAGAUUUUGUGCAGAAAAGCAAAGAUGCAGCCUUUGAAACAAUUUCUGACCCAAAAUACAGUGGAAAAAUGAAGGUACUUCAGCAGCUUUUAAAUCAUUGCAGAAAGAACAAAGAUAAAGUUCUUCUUUUCUCCUUUUCUACCAAGUUGCUUGAUGUGCUGCAGCAAUAUUGCAUGGCGUCUGGGCUUGAUUACCGACGACUUGAUGGAAGUACGAAAUCAGAGGAAAGAAUCAAGAUUGUGAAAGAAUUCAACAGUACACAAGAUGUUAAUAUUUGCCUUGUCUCUACAAUGGCUGGUGGACUAGGCCUCAAUUUUGUUGGUGCCAAUGUUGUUGUAUUAUUUGAUCCUACUUGGAAUCCAGCCAAUGAUCUUCAAGCCAUUGACAGAGCAUAUAGGAUUGGGCAGUGCAGGGAUGUCAAAGUUCUUAGGCUGAUAUCCUUGGGAACUGUGGAAGAGAUCAUGUAUUUACGACAGGUAUACAAGCAGCAACUGCACUGUGUGGUUGUUGGAAGUGAAAAUGCCAAGCGAUAUUUUGAAGCAGUUCAAGGAUCAAAAGAGCAUCAGGGAGAGCUUUUUGGGAUCCAUAACCUCUUCAAACUAAGAUCCCAAGGGUCUUGUCUUACGAGGGACAUCCUGGAGAGAGAAGGCCAAGUGGAAGCAGGGAUCAUGACAGCUACAACAUGGCUGAAAGAGGGACCUCCAGCACACAAACUUGAAACAUCUAGAGAGCCUGACUGUCAAGGACCCAGGGGCCCAGAACAACCUGCAGAACCUUUGGCAAGAGAAGCAUGUGAUCUCUGCAGUGAUUUUAGUGAUGAUGAAUCAGUGGGAAACUCAAGAAUAAAGACUGUUAAAAACAAAGCAUCCGAUUCAAGUAAAGCUUCAGGUUCUCCAGGACAGCUUACCUUACUCCAGUGUGGUUUCUCAAAAUUGUUUGAGACAAAAUGUAAAGCAAUUGGGGAUAGUGAUGGAAAUGUUGCCUCUGACGAUGAGAGUUCUGAUGAGCAGCCCACCUGUCAUUCAACAGAAGCCAAAGAUAUGAUUGUUGGUUGUCAGAAAAGUCAGGGCUCUCUUGGUACUUCAAAGCAUCAAAAAACACCUAACAUCCUAAAUCCAAAUAAAAAAUGUAUUUUUGAUAAAAGUGAGAACACUUUAAAAGAGAAUAUUUCUGCUGAGUCCAAUGAUGAGAAAAAUUUUAAUAAUACAGCUGAACACCAUUGCAUUUUACAGAAUGUCACAGAAUCAGAAGAUAGUGAUGUCAUCUUUCCCACACAAUAUACAACUAAUAGAUUUCCUAAGGAUGGUAUAAGGUUUAAACCAGCCUUGGAUGGAUCUGAAGAUUCUGAAAUAGAAAACCUUGUAAAAAUAAAAAAUGAUGGUGAUGAUGGAAAGACUGAUGUCAGAGGAAAAGGACCAAUUUCAAAAAAAUUAAAUCCUGAGAAUCUAACCCUGAACUGUAUCAUGAAACGAAAAGGCACUAGUGAUAUCAGUGACGAGUCUGAUGAUGUUGAAAUAACUUCUAAGUCAGGAGUAAGCAAGCAAAGAGCUACUAGUUCUUUGAGGUUUAAGAAAAAAAAAGAAAGCAAAAGAGAACUUUACAAUUUUCCUAAAAUAAUGAGGAAAACAAACCAAUUGUGUGCAACAGAUGAAGAUUGUGACUCUCAGGCUAUUGAUGAUUUUUCAUCCUCAGAUGAUGAUUUGUCUGUCAGCCACGUCACUUUCUCUAAACAGAGUCAUAGACCAAAAACUGUCAAACACAGAAACCAUUUUUCUUCAAAAUUGCCUAGCCAUUAUAAGCAAAAUAUCACUUCAAUAUCAAGAAAGCCCAUGGAAUAUUCAAAUGAAAGAGUUGUCAAUCAAGAGCAGAUGUGUGAAUCAAUGGACAAAUUUUUGGAUGGUGUUCAGGAAGUGGCUUAUAUUCAUUCAAACCAGAAUGUGAUCGGAUCAAGCAAAGCCGAAAAUCAUAUGAGCCGAUGGGCAGCACAUGAUGUAUUUGAAUUGAAGCAGUUUUCCCAACUUCCUGCUAAUAUAGCUGUUUGUAGUUCUAAGAUAUAUAAAGAAAAACUCAAUACAGAUACAUCGGCACAUACAAAGAAAGGCCAACAACCAAGUGAAGGAGACAUUUCAUUUCCCCUUUAUAUUUCAUACCCAGUAAGCCAGAAGAAGAAAAAAGUCUACCGUAUAGACCAGACCACCUUUAUAAUUGGAGAAACACCUAAAGGAAUCCGCAGAAAACAAUUUGAAGAAAUGGCUUCUUAUUUUAACCUGUCUUCUGUAAAAGAAUUUGCUGAACGUAUAACUAAUGCCACAUCAGAAGAACGACAGAAAAUGCUAAGAGACUUUUAUGCUUCUCAAUAUCCAGAGGUAAAAGAAUUUUUUGUGGAUUCUGCUUCAGAAUUCAUCAAAUCUGCCUGUGAGGAAAGAAAGAGAGUCAGGAAUAAAUAUGAAAAAAGAGAAUCUCUUAUGAAAGAAAGGCUGUCAGAUUCUGAAACUUUGCCAUUUAAAGAUUCUACCACCAAAAUUUCUCAAAUUUACAGCCCAAAAAAAUAUAAGGAAAAAUCCAUUAAGUUUCAAGAGUACAAUUACUGUAGAGAAGAGGUAUUUUCUAACGAUGAAAUAACUAAGAAAUUGCCUGUUAGCUCUACCCAAAAGAUUGACAAUGGGAAAAACAGCCAAACAUUCAAAGAUACUGUAGCAAACUACUCCCCAAACAGUAAGUCUGAAGCAUAUGAGAAUCUAGAAAAUACCAGGAAAUACCAACAGGACUUCAAAAGAAGCGGUGUUUCAGAAAAUGGACCCUUUCUCAAAUCGGCAAACAAAAAGAUAGAAAAUCCAGUGUUAGAAAACACUUCUGUUGUAGACUUACUUGGUGACACCUCUAUUCUUGAUGACCUCUUUAGGAGUCAAGGGAACAGUCCCCCACAACUGCCAAAGAAAGUUCUUUCAGGGCCCAUGGAAAAAGCAAAACAGAGAUCAAAAGAUUUCUGGGACAUAUUGAAUGAGCAGAAUGACGAAAGUCUUAAUAAACUCACCGACUUGGCAGUAAUAGAAACUUUAUGUGAAAAAACACCCCUUGCCGGAUCCUCCAAAAGGAAAGAAGAACUAGAAACUUCUCUUUGGAAAUCAAAUGAGAAAUUUCUGUGGAAAAAAUUUAACUCAGGUGAUAGAGAUGAAAACACAACCAGUACAUAGAGUAAUACAUAAACAUACAAAUGAAUUACUAUGCCAAUGAACUUCUGCCAUAAAUGUUUACAGCACUGGAUUCCACACUAAUUAUAUUACCUUGAACUCAAUUGUCAACAUGUAUUUCUAUUAAACUCUUGCUCUAGGACUUUUUUUUUUAAGUCUAAAACGUUAUCAUGUGUUUGUUUUCCUGGAUAUCUAAUGUACUCUUUUCAAGAUUAUCAUUGUAUGAUAGUGUAAACUUCUGUUAUGAAGUGGAAAAAUUCUAUAUUUGUAAUCAGGAGACGUGGGGCAUCUCUUAUUGUAUAAGUAUAUAAUCUUAAAUAAGUCACUUACCCUUGGUGUGUCUCCAUUCCUAAUUUGAAGGAUAAGGGGUUUAAAGGGGUUUAAAUCAUCAUGAAUGUUCCACCAGUUUAAAAAAGUUUUGGCUCACUCUCCCAGGUUCCAUUAAGUCAUAGACCAAAUCAUGCCCACCACCCAAAUCAGGUCUACAUCACUAUGUUUCUCAUGUAUCUUUCUUACUAGCAUUUGGAAAAUCAUUAACUUUUUUUCCUUAUCUCUCAGUAUCAUGUUCUAUUAUUAUUAAAUUAUAAUAGCUCAAAGUCAAAGUGUUAAUGUAUAAUUUUGCUAUAUGAGCUGACACUAAAGUAAUAUGAUUACUAGCCACAGAAUGCCAGUGCCUCCAUUUUUAAACGUAACUUAUGAUUCAAUCAAUAUAAAUAAAGCUUUGUAUAGUAUUUUUGUAUUUCUUAAAUAUGAAGACAUGAGUAAAGAUUUGAUUUUAUUUGGAACUGAUAUACUUUGUUGAAUUUGACUUACAUGGUCUGUAACCCAACUGGAAUGUGCUCACUGUUGAAUCCCUUUAUUUACAUUCACUCAGCCCCAGUAUGUACCGUACACAGAGCUCAAGGUGUACCGGUGAGGCAGUGCUGCAAGGAAAAGAAAGGCAGCCAAGUUUGUGAAGCCCUGGCCUUGUGCCUGGCACAUUGUAGGGAGGGACCUGCAGCUUCUACCAACCCAUGUUCAUAUGGGCUGUAGCACCUUUGCACUGAAUAUGCAGGGCUGUGAUAGGAGGACGUGUCCAUCGAGAAAAUGGCAGUGGACCAGGAAAUGGUUUUGCGUAGGGAUCAUGGUGAUUGUGUUGAGGCGGGAGGGCCUUUGGAGCACCCCUGAUGUGGAACUAUUGCUCAGAAAUGGGGGAAAAAAAUUUCUCAAGGGACUGAAUGGCCAAGUAAGUUGUUCUUCUAGGGCAGUUUUGCCUUUAGAGAAAUGUAACUAUCAGUAAGAGCUAUAUUUUUUAUCAUAAUCCAGUAUGUAUGGAUAUGUAUUUAUGACUGGAAUAAAAUGUUUAUAAAACAA